GCCUCAGAAACAGGAGAGAGCUCGCUGCCGCCCUGCCCUGCUCUGCUCUAGCACCGGCCUGAGCUCGCGCGUGGUCUUGCUACUACGUUUGGUCGGCAUGGGGCGGUCGCCGUGCUGCGAGAAGGAGCACACCAACAAGGGGGCCUGGACCAAGGAGGAGGACCAGCGGCUGAUCGCCUACAUCAGGGCCAACGGCGAGGGCUGCUGGCGCUCGCUGCCCAAGGCGGCCGGCCUGCUCCGCUGCGGCAAGAGCUGCCGCCUGCGCUGGAUGAACUACCUCCGCCCCGACCUCAAGCGCGGCAACUUCACCGACGACGAGGACGAGCUCAUCAUCCGCCUCCACAGCCUCCUCGGCAACAAGUGGUCUCUGAUCGCCGGGCAGCUGCCGGGCAGGACGGACAACGAGAUCAAGAACUACUGGAACACGCACAUCAAGCGCAAGCUCCUGUCCCGCGGCAUGGACCCCCACACGCACCGCCCGCUCACGGCCGUCGACGGCGGCGCGGCAUCCCGCCCUGCACACAUAGCAGUGCCGGCGAGGGCAGCGCCGCCACCCACGAUGUUCGCCCUGCCGACAAAGCAGCCGCCGGUCGUGGAGUCGUCGUCCGACGACGGCAGCAGCGGCGCGACGAGCACGGGGGAACCACGGUGCCCCGACCUAAACCUCGACCUGUCGGUGGGCCCGCCGGCGGCCGACACGCCGACCUCGCACCCGGUCUGCCUCUGCCGCCACCUCGGCUUCCGCGGCGGGGAGGCAUGCAGCUGCCGUCAGGCCGACAGCCCGGGCUCCCAGGGGGGCGGGUUCAGAUAUUUCAGGCCGUUGGAGGAAGGCCAGUACAUAUGAGACGAGACGAGACGGCUAGGCCCUAGGCUCCACAGCAAUUUGCAAGACGGUGAAUUUUUCCACCUCCACAGCACCACCGUCUCACAAAACGGUGAAAAAAACGGUGAAAGAACAUCUAAUCUGUUCAUAGUAUUUCAACCAUGAAUAUUUGUCCUCUCUGUCCCUAAUUUUGUAUCGUUGGUUGGUGCUGUGUUUGGUGGAAAAAACGAGGGGAUAAUGUGACAAAGGUUGGUGUGUGUUUUUUGCGGAAAAAAGGGAGGACCUGAUGUGAGGUAGCGGACACAUUAUUGUUUCGGGCAUCAGAUUCCGGUGUUCCUUUCCUGUGCAGUUUUGGUCAUGUGGAUGGAUGUUGCGCAAGGCAAUCAUGUGGUGUGUUUUUUGGGUAGGUA